AUGAUUGAGGAACAGGCCAGCACGAAGCUCGAUAACAAUGACCAGGCUGAGCACCAAGAUCAGGACACGGCGGAACCACCCCCCAAGAAGGCCAAAAGAUUCCAGUAUACCCGGGAGAAGCCCUUCGCCUGUACGCAAUGCGACAGCAAAUUUACCCGAAGUGACCUUCUCGUCCGUCACGAGAGACUGAGCCAUGAUGCAGAACGCUGGGGAAGAAACGGGAGAGCAGAACAUCGCAAUAGUGUUUCGCAAUCGACGUCCUCGCAACGACCGCUAGAUGCAAAUGUGAGCGCGAACCUCGAUAUGACAGAUGCCGCCAGCUUGACUUCGCCCGCCUUCUCUACCUCUCAAAACAUGGUGGGUGCCGCUUUCAUGACACCCAAUCCGAACCCGCCGACAGCAGCAACGCCAAAUAACCACGACUUGUCUUUCGCGACCUUGCUCAUGGCAGCGGAACAUGCCCAACCCCAGAACAAUCAACGCCAUGCUGCGAUGCCACAGUCAAAUCAACUUUCCAACUCAAUCUUUUCUGUUCCAGACCAAUUCAUGGCCGAUUCGGAUGCGCAAGCAUCAAUGCAAGCGCCGUCAAAUCACCUGAGCAAUAUGGGCGGGAUGGGUCUCGGCGGGUUUGAUUUUGACGACUCACUUCAGGAUCUUGCAAAUUUCAUGGAUAACGGGGCACUGUCCUCCUAUCAUUUCUCUUCUAUGAUCAGUGCCGAGCAACCUAUUCCAUUUUUCUCUCCCGAGUCCUUGACACAACCGAUGGACAUCGCUCCGUCUGCGGGACAACAGCCUGUGUCACGGCCAGUUCAGAACACCGAUCGGCAAGAAGACUCGAGCUCAUUUUCUCGGUAUGGAUCACGCUUGCCAUCGCUACAACCAGAAGAAAGCCCUACCGCUCAUCAGAACGAACAAGACACCCCUCUGAGGCCUCUGCAUGAUCUCAACAUGGACGACAGGCAGAAUGUUGCCGUCAAACUUGCCGAGUUCGCGCAUGCAGUCCCUAGUAACUUCCAGCUACCUUCUCGACUAGCGCUAUCGCGAUACCUCGCGGGAUACGUCAACGGUUUUCACGAGCAUCUUCCCUUCCUUCACAUCCACAGUCUUUCAGUCAACAACUGUUCCAUAGAACUCAUACUCGCCAUGGCUGCUGUCGGAGCUCAGUAUUGCUUCGAGGGUCAAAAAGGCGUGGAGCUCUUCAAUGUAAGCCAGUCGAUCGCAAUACAGCGCAUUCGACAGCGGGAUGCCAAACUUGCUGCGUCGCAUCGUUCGGCAGAUACUCCCUCGACGUAUUCUAGCCAACAGAAGUAUAGCGAGGCUUUCCAUGUCGAAGGGACGCCUCGAAGUGGCUCGUUGUCUGGCUGCCUCGGGUUGCCAUCUCAACCUGAAGAUCCGGCCGCUGACAAGGAAGAGCUGAUGCAAACAGCGCAGGCAUUACUCCUGCUGAUGGCUAUGGCUACAUGGGCGAAACAUCGUGAAAUUCUACGUGAAGCUCUUGCCAUUCAGAGCGUCCUGGCAACCCUAGUGCGAGAUGAUGGGUUCAAAAGCCCACCCUUGACGGACAAUAUUACUUGGUCAGAAUGGAUUCGGCGCGAAACAACCAAGCGGACCAAGUUCAUAGUUUUCUGUUUCUUUAAUUUCCACACCAUCGUCUACAACAUCCCGUCUCUCAUCCUCGCUUCAGAGCUCGAUCUGCCACUCCCUUGCAACGCUGCUGAAUUCAAAGCACCUACGGGCGCCAAAUGGAAGGAAAUUCAUUCCCGCACACCGCCAGAGGUUGGGUUUCAGACGGCUCUACAUCGCCUAUUCUCCCGCACCAACACUGAAGUCAACACCUACAAUUCCUCGCUUGGAAACUACGUUCUCGUUCACGCCAUCCUCCAACACAUUUUCUUCGUCCGCCAUACCUCACGCUACUGUCUUGAUCACGAUGGCGAACUACGCAACGACGACGUCGCCGCUAUUGAGCAAGCUCUUCGAAAUUGGCAGAUGGCAUGGAAACGGAACCCGGAGUCCUCCCUCGAUCCAAUGAAUCCAAAUGGCCCCGUGACGUUCAAUUCCACGGCGCUGCUACGACUAGCAUAUAUCAGACUGAACGUCGACCUAGGUCCUGGUCGCGCGCUGGACACUCGUGACCCCACACAGAUCGCCAAUGCCUUUCGCGACAGCCCAUCAGUCAAACGCACCCCGAAACUCGUGCGCGCCGUGCUACACUCGGCCCACGCACUGAGCAUCCCCGUCAAGAUCGGCAUCCACCUGGUUGCGCAAACACAAACGUUCAUGUGGUCCAUUCAACACUCGCUAUGUACGCUGGAAUGUGCGUUUUUGCUGAGCAAGUGGUUAGAAGCGUUGAGCCUACCAGACGCGGGGCCAUCAAUCACCAAUGACGAACAGAAAAUCGUGACGCUGGUCAAGACUAUGCUGGACGAGACAGAGUUCGCCAUGCCCGUAGACGUGCCGAUGGGUACUCCUGCAGCCAUGAAAUACCUCAGCGCUGGCGUGUUGAGGGUGUGGGCACAGGUCUUUCGAGGCUCACAGACAUGGGCAAUUGUAGAUGUCAUUGGAUCGAGUUUGAACAUUUACGCCGACAUGCUGGAAGCGGGUUGA